GGCGGGACGAGCGGCGGCCGCCCCUGGCGCAGGGCCCCGCCCCGCCCCGUCAGGCAGCGCCCGGCGUGCGGCGGCGGCGGCAGCUGCGAGCACGGUGGCUCUCUCGGCGGCCAUGCGGCUCCUCACCGGCCCUCGCUGCGCGCUGUGGGCGGCAGCGCUGAUGCUGCCCCUCCUCGUCCCCGGCUCCCAGACAACCAACUCCAGCAGUGCUACACCCUUUGCUCCGAUUCCAGAUGAUAAAUUGCAAGGCAAUAGCAGUUCAUCCGCUCUUCCUGUUCUAUCAUCCACGCAAUCUACAGCAACAUCUGCAGUAGGUUCGUCCACGAGUACUACUCAUCUGACCAGUACCAGUCAGCCCACCAACACCACUUUGUCUGUCACGUCAACGACUCAGCCCACCACAACCAGCCACACUACGAGAUCCACCACAGCUUCAUCAGUCACAUCAUCACAACUCAAUACUACAGCAGUGACCACUUCCAAGAUUUCUUUCACUUCUGUAACAGCCACAUCAAAAUCUGAGGCUGUCGUAGCCAAAACCUCCAGAUUUGAUGUGGGCAGUUUCGUAGGUGGCAUUGUGCUGACACUUGGAGUCCUAGUUAUUCUCUACAUCGGAUGCAAAACCUAUCACUCCAGAAGAGGCAUUCAGUACAGAACCAUCGAUGAACACGAUGCCAUCAUUUAAGGAGACUUCAGGGAAGACAGUGUUGGAAACCUAUCCUAUCGCAGCUUUUGUAACUUACUUCUGAAAGAGUUCCUUUCAUCAAGAUGAUCACAGUCUCUAAACCUGUUGUGGGCGUGAUCCUGCAAAAUGUUGAGAAGCUCUAUAAACAUCCUGAUUUUUUUUCAUUGGCUUUCGUAAGAAGAAGAAGUCGUCGGCACUUUGCAGACACUCUUUUCUUUUUCCAGUAUUUGUAACCAAAUUUAAAGAAACACACGUACUGAGUCAUUUUAGGGUACACACACAAGUCUCUGAAAUACCUAAUUACGGGCACAGUGAAUCGCAUCAUUGGAAUGCUAAGUUCAAUUAUUUCUUACAUAUUGCAUAAAUCCAGUGUGUUCCAUAAUGGAUACAGUAGGUUAAAUAGGAUAGCUUUGAGACCAAGCAUUGGUUUUUGCAAGUGAAGUGGGUUUUUUUCCUAAUAUUUUGUAUUAAAUUGUAUUUAUUUUGAAGUUUGAUGUGAACUUUAGUUUAGAAAUUUUGGAUUUUGAACAAUUCAGUUUUUUUUUUUUUUUUAUUAGGCUAUAAAGGGACAUGGCUUGCUAACUGCGUAGAAGGUGAUAAUGAGUACUUUAAACUUCAGUCCUUAGCUCACCAGUGACCUGCAGAGACUUCCCUUAACAGGCUGUACAAUGAGAGCCGCCGCGGGAAGCACGGACAGACUGGAGAUACCCAUCCACAACCUUUUUCUCUAAAUGGGUCCUUGUAAGAAAACAGACUCUGCGAUCUGUAGCUUCCUUUUUCUAGCAUGUCCUAAUGAAGCAUGUGCAAUUGAAGGUAAAAUAAAAAUGGAAAGAAGUAAUUGUGCCAUCAUAAACAUGAUAAAAUAUGAAAAUUGCUUCUAAAAAUUGGCUUUUAAGUUGAAUGUAGCAAUCGCUUCACUCUUGGGUUUUAUUGUUAUGAAGUUGUAUGCGGUGUUUUAGCAGCAUUUGAUAAGCAUUGAAACUUACACAGAGAAGUGGAAAAUACGUAAGACAGCAUUUUAGAAGAAUAUCAUCUGCAUUUUUACGACGAUUUUCAGAACUUGUUACUGCUGCACGCAUGUACUGGGUCAAAAGCCCACUGAAGGCAACGGGGCACCUCUCAGAAGGCCUUUAGAUGAAGUCCCAAAUACACUGGGUGUGCUGUGCGAGAUGGCUGGUGCUGCUUGCGUAUCACAUCUGCAGGUCCUCUGAGGUAACCCCGCUGUCUUCAGCAGGUGGGCUCCAUGUUGACAUGGGUGUAAGGAAAAUGAGAGCAAGGAUGAAGAAACGCAGGCCUGCAUCUCCUUGUUCAGCCCCGCUCAGGCUCCACUUGUAGACCUCUCCCUGGUGAAGAAGGUUGGUGUGGUGGGACUUGACCACUCUGGUUACUGCUGGCACUAGUCCCUCACGCAGGGUACGGGGGGAGGUGGUGACAGCUGAGGGGGGUCACAAGAGGAACUGCAUACAGGCCUGUCAGGGGGCAGCUCUGGCACAGGUUAAAUUUUUUUGUUGAGCAACAUUAAAGUGGCCGUAUGGAUGUCUCUUCCCUUUCUCACAUGGAGUAGUAAUCCCAUGGAGUUGUGUCUGAGGCACAGCAGGCUGCAGCAAGCCAUGGCUAAUGAGUAAUCUUAGUAGCACCGGCCGCACACCUGAAAUGUGGGUAGUGGGGCUGUUUUGGUUUUCACUGAGAUUGAGGUACAGGGGGAAGAGUGAUUUGAAGUAACUUUUGUGAUUUUUCUUAAUUGCAUUGUUUGGUGGGAAACUUCUGGUUUUGACUUGAAGAGUUUGGAAACAGCUCUUCCAUGGAACUGCAGUUCCUUACUUUGUAGAAAUUAAGACAAUUAAGUGCAACUCAGUUACUGGGAUUGUAACACCUCUGUUGUACAGAUGAAUGAAUAAAAUGAAAUCU